AUGGUCUGUACAGCUGAGGGAAGAGAUGGGGAGGGGGCCCCCCAAGGGGCCCAGGGGCCCCCUAGCGACGUGCUGCUGCAGCAACAAGCCUCUGCUGCUGCAGCACCUGCUGCAGCACCUGCUGCAGCACCUGCUGCAGCAGCAGUACCUGCAGCAGCAGCAGCAGCAACAGCAGCAGCACCUGUAAAAAGAGACGCCUCUAAUGCGGAAGAGGUCGCACCCGCUGAGAAGAAGCAAAAGACAUCAGAGGAGUCGCAGGCACCAUCCCCUCCAGCAGCAGCAGCAGCAGCAGAGCAGCAACAGCAGCAGCAGCAGCAGCCCCCGCUGGCGGAGACCUUGAAGCCGCUCGGGUGCUUGCCGACCUCUGCUGCUGGGGGCCCCUCAGUCGUUGCUGCAGCAACAAGCCAGCAGCAGGAGCAGCAGCAGGAGCAGCAAACAGAUAAAGCUGCAUUACCCCCUGGAGUUGUGCAGCUGGGGCCCUUCGAGCGUAACGCGCAUGCAUCAGCAGCUGUGUCGCGGUCUGCUAUACAUGUAGAGUCUCUAACACCUCAAAAUUUAGCAGCAGUGCUGGAGGAGAGAGAAGCAGCUAAUCAGCAGACAGCAGCAGAACCUUACUCUGCUGCUGCUGCUGCUGCUGCUGAUGCUGAUGCUGCUGAUGCGCCUGGGGAUAGGCCGCCCGUCGCCCUAGACCCCCAGAGAGUUAAACAACGCAAAGAAGAAGCACUUUUAGAAGCAGCAAAUGCAGCAGCAGCAACCCCGACGCUUCCGAGCUGCAGCAGCUGGUUUAAAGAGAGAGAAAUAAAUGCACUAGAAAAAGACAUACUCCCCUCGCUCUUCGCUGGUAAGAGCAGCAGCAGCAGCAGCAGCAGCAGCAGAAGCAGCAGCAGCAGCAGCAGCAGCAGCAGAAGCAGAAGCACCAGCAGCAGCAGCAGCAGAAGCAGAAGCAGAAGCACCAGCAGUAGCAGUAGUAGUAGUUGUUGUUGUUGGUGUUGUAGCAGCAGCAGCAAGGGUAGCAUUAAACAGCAGCAGCAAGUAGCAGCGGGAGUGAAGGCAGCAACAGCAGCGGCAGCAGAAAAAGCAGCAGCAGCAGCAGCAAUAGCAGCAGGAUCAGCAUGGGCAGAAAAAGCAUCAGCAUCAGCAGCAGCAGCAAAAGCAGCAUGA